GCUCAUUCAGUGGUCGGGAGCUGCCCGCGAGGGGGAGCGGCCGGGCGGAGAGCGCGACUUGUCCCGGGGGUGGGGCCGGGCGCGGCGGCGAGAGGAGACCGAGGUGGCCGCGGCGGCAGCGGCGCGGCAGCCUCGAACCCAGCCCGGAGCGCAGGGCAGCCGCGCAGCUUCCCGCUCCCCUCCCGGUGCGCCGGCCCAUGGCGGCCGCGGGGCGGCUGUGGCUGCUCUACCUGUCGGCGGGGCUCCUGCCGCGGCUCGGCGCCGCCUUCAACUUGGACACCCGCGAGGACAAUGUGAUCGAGAAAACCGGGGACUCCGGGAGCCUCUUCGGCUUCUCGCUGGCCAUGCACUGGCAGCUGCAGCCCGAGGACAAGCGGCUGUUGCUCGUGGGGGCCCCACGGGCAGUGGCCCUUCCGCUGCAGAAGGCCAACAGAACAGGAGGCUUGUACAGCUGCGACAUCACCUCCCGGGGGCCGUGCCCACGGAUUGAAUUUGAUAACGACGCUGACCCUUCAUCGGAAAGCAAGGAAGAUCAGUGGAUGGGGGUCACCGUCCAGAGCCAAGGUCCAGGGGGCAAAGUUGUGACAUGUGCUCAUCGGUACGAAAAAAGGCAGCAUGUUAAUACAAAACAGGAAUCCCGAGACAUUUUUGGAAGGUGUUACGUCCUAAGUCAGAAUCUCAGGAUUGAAGAUGAUAUGGAUGGAGGAGACUGGAGUUUUUGUGAUGGCCGAUUAAGAGGUCAUGAAAAAUUUGGUUCUUGCCAGCAAGGUGUAGCAGCUACUUUUACUAAAGACUUUCAUUACAUUGCGUUUGGAGCCCCAGGCACUUACAACUGGAAAGGGAUUGUUCGCGUAGAGCAAAAGAAUAACACUUUUUUUGACAUGAACAUCUUUGAAGAUGGGCCUUAUGAAGUUGGUGGAGAGACUGACCAUGAUGAAAGUCUAGUUCCUGUUCCUGCUAACAGUUAUUUAGGGUUUUCUUUGGACUCAGGGAAGGGUAUUGUUUCCAAAGAUGAGAUCACUUUUGUAUCUGGUGCUCCUAGAGCCAAUCACAGUGGAGCUGUGGUUUUGCUUAAAAGAGACGUGAAGUCUGCACACCUUCUCCCUGAGCACAUAUUUGAUGGGGAAGGGCUGGCUUCUUCAUUUGGCUAUGACGUGGCAGUGGUGGACCUUAACAAAGAUGGGUGGCAAGAUAUAGUUAUUGGAGCCCCACAGUAUUUUGAUAGAAGUGGAGAAGUUGGAGGUGCAGCGUAUGUCUACAUUAACCAGCAAGGCAGAUGGAAUAAUGUCAAGCCAAUCCGUCUUAAUGGAACCAAAGAUUCUAUGUUUGGCAUUGCGGUCAAAAAUAUCGGUGAUAUUAAUCAAGAUGGCUACCCAGAUAUUGCAGUUGGAGCACCUUACGAUGGUAAGGGGAAGGUUUUUAUCUAUCACGGAUCUGCGAACGGAAUAAAUACCAAACCAACACAGAUUCUCGAGGGUAAAUCACCUUUUUUUGGAUAUUCAAUUGCCGGAAACAUGGACCUUGAUAGAAAUUCCUACCCCGAUGUUGCUGUUGGUUCCCUCUCAGAUUCAGUAACUAUUUUCAGAUCCCGGCCUGUGAUUAAUAUUCAGCAAACCAUCACAGUUACACCUAACAGAAUUGAUCUCCAUCAGAAAAUGCCCUGCGGGGCGCCUAGCGGGAUAUGCCUGAAGGUUAAGGCCUGUUUUGAAUAUACUGCCAAACCCACUGGUUACAAUCCUUCAAUAACCAUUGCGGGCACACUGGAGGCUGAAAAGGAAAGAAGAAAAUCUGGGCUGUCAUCAAGAGUUCAGUUUCGAAACCAAGGUUCUGAGCCCAAGUAUACACAAGAGCUCACUCUGAGCAGGCAGAAGCAGAAGGUGUGCAUGGAGGAAACCCUCUGGCUCCAGGAAAAUAUCAGAGAUAAACUGCGUCCCAUCCCCAUAACAGCUUCUGUAGAGAUCCAAGAGCCAAGCACUCGGAGGCGAGUGAAUUCGCUUCCAGAAGUUCUUCCAAUUCUGAACUCAAACGAACCCAAGUCUGUUCAUACAGAUGUGCACUUCUUAAAAGAGGGAUGUGGAGACGACAACGUAUGUAACAGCAACCUUAAGCUAGAAUAUAAAUUUUGUACCCGAGAAGGAAAUCAAGACAAAUUUUCUUAUUUACCAAUUCAAAAAGGUGUACCAGAACUAGUUCUAAAAGAUCAGAAGGACAUUGCUUUAGAAAUAACGGUGACGAACAGCCCUUCCAACCCAAAGAAUCCCACCAAAGAUGGUGAUGACGCUCAUGAAGCUAAACUCAUCGCCACUUUUCCGGACACCUUGACUUAUUCUGCAUAUAGAGAACUGAGGGCUUUCCCUGAGAAACAGUUGAGUUGUGUCGCAAACCAGAACGGCUCACAAGCAGACUGCGAGCUUGGGAAUCCUUUUAAAAGAAAUUCCAGUGUUACCUUUUAUUUAAUUUUAAGUACAACUGAGAUCACCUUUGACACCACAGAUCUGGAUGUUAAUCUGAAGUUGGAAACAACAAGCAAUCAAGAUAAUUUGGCUUCAAUUACAGCUACAGCAAGAGUGGUUAUUGAACUGCUUUUAUCGGUCUCCGGAGUUGCUAAACCUUCCCAGGUGUAUUUUGGAGGUUCAGUCAUUGGUGAGCAAGCUAUGAAAUCUGAAGAGGAAGUGGGAAGUUUAAUUGAGUAUGAGUUCAGGGUGAUUAACUUGGGCAAACCUCUUAAAAACCUCGGCACAGCAACCUUGAAUAUCCAGUGGCCAAAAGAAAUUAGCAAUGGCAAAUGGUUGCUUUAUUUGGUGAAAGUAGAAUCCAAAGGAUUGGAAAAGAUAGCUUGUCAGCCACAAAAAGAGAUAAACUUCCUGAAACUAAAGGAGGCUCACAACUCAAGAAAGAAACGAGAAAUUGCUGAAAGACAGACAGACGAUGGUAGAAAAUUUUCUUUAUUUGCCGAAAGAAAAUACCAGACCCUCAACUGCAGCGUGAACGUGAACUGUGUGAACAUCGGGUGCCCGCUCCGAGGGCUGGAUAGCAAGGCCUCCGUGGUUCUGCGCUCGAGGCUCUGGAACAGCACGUUUCUGGAGGAGUACUCCAAGAUGAACUACCUGGACAUUCUCGUGCGGGCUUCCAUUGAUGUAACUGCUGCCACCGAGAAUAUUAAGCUGCCCAACGCAGGCACUCAGGUUCGUGUGACCGUGUUUCCCUCAAAGACUGUAGCUCAAUAUUCAGGAGUACCUUGGUGGAUCAUCCUAGUGGCUAUUCUUGCUGGGAUUUUGAUGCUUGCUCUAUUAGUAUUUUUACUGUGGAAGUGUGGUUUCUUCAAGAGAAAUAAGAAAGAUCAUUAUGAUGCCACAUAUCACAAGGCUGAGAUCCAUGCUCAGCCGUCUGAUAAAGAGAGGCUUACUUCUGAUGCAUAGUAUUGAUCUACUUCUGUAAUUGUGUGGAUUCUUUAAACGCUCUAGGUACGAUGAUAGUGUUCCCCGAUACCAUGCUGUAAGGAUCCGGAAAGAGGAGCGAGAGAUCCCAGAUGAAAAAUAUAAUGAUAACCUUGAAAAAAAACAGUGGAUCACAAGGUGGAAUGAAAAUGAAAGCUACUCCUAGGGGGGCCAAAAAAGCUUCACAGUACCCAAACUGCUUUUUUUUUUUUUUUUUUUUCCCCCAACCCAGAAAUUUCAAUGGAUUGAAAAGCCUGUUCAAUACCUGAAUAUAGAUUUCAGACAGACUACACACAGUACAAGCCUACAGUUUUAACUGUGGACAUUGUUAUGUAGCCUGAGGCUCCUGUUUUGCACGGCCAAUUUGAAGGCUGUUGGAAUGGAUUUUUCUUUAACUGCCUUAAUUUAAUGUUCCGGGUUGCCUUUGUUUUUGGUGUGACUGACUUACCUGUGCUGGGGAAGGACCUGCCACAUCCUCUUGAUGGUAUAGCUGGAAGAAGCCACCACAACCACUGCGCCAACAGAGUGACCGUCCUGACCUCGGCACCACCUCUGCAAAUGUUCUUCUCGCAGGACCAGAGAACCUGCAAGUCAACUGUCCUGCGUCACAAGACUAUGCCGUCAGGGUAGCUGUGUUCAAUUUAAAGUGCUCCCAUAAAUUUAAGUGUGCAAUAGAAAGUGAUGCUGCCAUCCUGCCAUCUUUUUCCAUUUCCUAGAUGUGUGAAUACCUGCUCACACCAAAUACACAGAGGUUUAAUUCCCCUUUGACUAAAACACACAGGCAUUAACAGAUUUGAAUGCUAGUUAUACUUAUUUGUAUAUGGUAUUUAUUUUUCUUUUUUACAAACCAUUUUGUUAUUGACUAACAGGCCAAAGAUUCUCCAGUUUACCCUUCAGGUUGGAUUAAGCAAUCAGAAUUAGAACAUGAGAGGUUGUUGGUUGGACCUAAAUUAUUGACUGCCUAAAGAAAACAGUAAUUCUUUAUAAAUGUAUCAAGAGUUGUUAUACUUUACAGAUAAGUUUAAGUUAUUAAAACAUCUCCCUU